GAUACAUUGGCUAAGCAUGAUCGUUUUACAGAAUGUUGCACGGCAACCGCGCAUAAAUCGAGACCAUAUUCAUUAGAUAAACUGCAUGAAAAAGAUAAACAGCAAUUAUGUGCAGCAAAAGUUGUUCAAAAAUCUCAAGACGCGUGUAGCAUUAUGUAAUGAAUCAAUGCGGUUCAACCUCAGAAGGCAACUUAGAAAGCAUUUAAUUUGGAAUAAACGCCGCUAGUUAUUAUAUCGUCAGACAGUCACAGUACAAUCUAUUUAUAUUAACUUUAGGUGGCGACCACUCAAUAUUAUUCACGCGCUACUCUGCUGCAGCUUAUAUAUGCAAAUAUCAGUGUGUUUAUACACGGCCAUUCUGGGCGAUAAUAGUGUGCGGGACGACAUCUAACACUGUCCGCAAAAACGUCGCUUUUGUCGCCUUAAAAAAACGUGGGUGCGUCUGGAAUCGUUUGAAACGACGGCGAAAAAAAAGGUUUGUGGUUACGUGUCCUGAUUAGACAUCGCAAUUUUAUAUAAUUUAGCGUGAUUCACCAUACGCUGGCGAGAUGGGCAAGAAACAAAGUAAAAUGGAUCCCCAUCAACUCAUACAUCUCCUAAAUCGCACGAAAUUUGAAGAACAGGAACUGGAGAAAUGGUAUCAAAAAUUUAUAAAAGAAUAUCCUGACGGAUUUAUUUCCAAGCCGCAAUUUGAAAACAUGUAUCAGAGUUUCUUCCCGAAAGGCGAUGCGAGGGAAUUUGCUGAUCAUAUAUUCCGUACAUUUGAUGGGAAUUCGGACGGCAAAAUCGGUAAGCUUAUAGAAACUACUACUUUAGAUCUGAGUGCAGAAACACCAAAAUACUGCACUGGCAGCAAAAGCUGAUUCAAUUUAUUUUACGAGUAGAAACGUCCAUAUCAAAGACAUGUCUGAUUAACAUAAAUUGAAAUCAGCUUUGCCUUUGUUGCAAGUCUGUCAAGAGUUUUUUGACGCUCGGUUUGCUUCACUUUUACUGUUUAGUGUGUUAUUAGAUUUAUAGUCUGAUUUCACAAGUUACUGGUUUCCUAUUCUCAAAUCCUCCAAAUUUAUAUAGUGCAUGGCAUAUACAUAUAGUGUUGUGCGAUUCUUAUGAAUUGAAUUGGUUGGCCUAGCAACCUUAACACUAAUGAGAAGAAAGCAAAGUAUAUUUAAUUUCAGUAUUAAAAGUCUUUUUUGAAAGACAAAAAAUGUUGUGAGCCAUAUACCGACUAAACUAUAAUUUAUAUUGUCUGCAUUAAAAAGCGAGAGGUACAAGUUAAAACAAUGGAAAACCUGGCAACAAAAAUAUCAUUCGGAUAAAUAAUAUAACUAUAAGGAUUAUAGCAUAAAUUCAUAUAUCUAAACACAACAGAGUGAACACAAAAUUCCUCAGGCUCAGUUUCUAAUCUUUCUCAGUUCGAAAUUUUGUUUUGUUUAAUUCGACGAUUUCUUCAUUGUUUCAUGUGAUAAUUUGCUAUAGUUAUUUCAUAUACGGCGUCAAAACUGAUGCAUGCUGAGUCCAAAGGAAAGCUGCUUCCUGCGAAUUUAAUUGAUUAGUGUUUUGGAGUGAGACCGAAAAAUAUUAUAAGGCCACAGCCUCAAAUCAAUAAUUUCUUUGUAGAUUUGCGUGGCGACAGAAGCAAUUACAGCGAUUACUUAUUUCGCAAACCUUUCGAUCCGUAGUGUAAGUCCGGAUCUUCAUAAUUUGAACUGAUGAUGAUCCAUGAACCAUGAUCGGGCUUACGAGUUACGGAUCCAAAACGUUGCGAAUGAAUAGAUUAACGACUGUCAAGGUUUCCUAAAUUCUAAAAUUAUAAAAUAAUAAAUUAAUAAAAAGAAAUUCCAUUUUGCCUCACAAGUUUACUGGCUAAGACAAUGAUACAAAUAUAAAAAUUUUAUUGAAACAUUUCAUUGAAUUUCAUGUCCUCGGAAUAUGUUGAACCAUCUCAAGUGUUCAUCUCCACGCUGAUCUAGCUGAGUUAAUUAGUCUUUGAAGGGGGCCCCCCUUUGAAUAUCGCAGACAACUGGCAGUAAGAUUUUUUGGAAGCCGACCUCAGGUCCGAAAUUGGUGUUUCAUCGUUUGUCAGCUCUCCGUUAAUUAAGAUGUUUUCUUAUCUGCCUGUCAGUCAAAUUACGCGGGCAAAGUCAGUUAGCCCCAUUUAGACCCUUAUGUGGCUUCAAUAACUUUACAACCAAUCAUGCAUGCUGAAAGAGCGGCACAGUUGACGGUCUGCAAAGAGCAUAUGGUUCCGUGUAAAUAAGAAGCAGCGACUAAUUCGUCGUCUGAAACAUCGAGAAAGGAAUAAAAUACACCGACAAAUGCAAACAUCGUGAAUGUUUGAUCAGUUUGCAAAAACCCAGCCGUAUUAAAAGAGUAAGGGGGAGUUAUUCCAAGGUUAGUGGGAUGGAAAAACAAACUUAAUUUGUCUGCCGGCCACGCGACUGAUUUUAUGAUUUAACAGAUUUAUUUAUGAGAUUAUGGGAAAUAUCAUUCAGAUUAGGAAACAGGCUGUUUGACUGUUUCCGUUCUUCCCGAAACUGGAUCCACCAUGCUUAGCCGUUUUUCUCUUCGUAAAUAUAUCACUUUAAAUCUGAUGCGUGAUAAGUCUCAAUAAUGUCAAUAAAACAAUAUAGCUGUAUAUUCAAAUAUCAAAAUUUAUUGAAUCUUAUUGAAAGCCUUUCCCACUUUUUAAAUUUAAAAACAACAUGUUCUCUAUGCAGAUGUAUCUCAUGAUAUUCUCAUCAACUCAUGAUGGCUUCAUACUAUUUCCUGAUAAUAUUUCGGUUCGGAAUGCUACAUGAUAUAUUCCUUUCGUCUGAUUUUUUAUAACAUUGUCUUUAUUUAUAACAAGCUUUCAUUGAUAGGGGUGCAACAAUUUAUACAAAGCGAAAUUCGACAUUUCGAGGAAAGGUCCUUCGGCUUCGUCGGGAAAUUAGUAUAAACCGAAUGUAUGUUCUACCAACUGCAAUGCAUGUUUGAACUCAUAAAUUGUGAUGAAACAACUUAUCUAUUCAACCAGCACAUUAUACGUCAUUAGCGUAUUGCGUAUAUCUGUGGUAGGAAUUGUAAAUUGUUAUAUUCCCUAGCUUUCAUAUCACUAUGGUUUGAGAUUUCAGUACAAUUUCCGUUCUGUCACCUUCACGAUGUGAUCGCAAAGGUUGCAAAGGUCGCAACAAUCGUCGACAUGACCGCCAUUAAAUCUUCCUGGACUAUAUAGAUUAUAGAGUCACUUAAAAUUGGUGACAUAAAAAUUUCUCAGUAGUGAAUAAUUUUGACUGAGAAAUUACAGGGGAUUAUGUAAGCAUGUCACACACUUACCAUCCUCGUUCCCAGGGCUUCGCAGGCAGCCGAGAAGCCCAGCCUAGUCCCUAGGCCUCUUCACUUACACAUUCUCGUACCCAGAGCCCUUCCUACGUGCGGUGCGACGAGGGGCUCUGGCCAAAUCCAUAACCGAAUAUCGUAAACCUCCGACUAUAAGCCCUGGGCUUACUAUAUACUGUUUCGUAAACGUUUUUUGAUGGGCUUAUACAAGGGGGGGCUUAUAUACGGGGGGCUAAUACAUGGACGUGUUAGUAAUAAACAAGUCAGACAUAAACAAGUCAGUCAUAAACAGGAAAAUAAACAUGUAUUAAUAAUGCGCUUUGAUUACCAUAGUCGGCAAUAAAGACAAUGACAAUGUUUUUAAAUAUCGUUCUCCGCUAUAUUAAAAGACAAUAUCAAUGUUGAAUAACGUAGUGGGCUACUGGGCUUAUAUUCGGGGGACUUAUAUUUGGGGGCUUAUAUUCGGGGAUUAUAUUCGGGGGCUUAUAUUUGGAAUGAGGUGAGGGUUAUUAUAUGUGGUGGGCUUAUAUUCGGGGGGGGGGCUUGUAUUCGGGGGAGGGGGACUUAUAGUCGGAGGUUUACGGUACCAUAAAAACAUGGCAAUAGAAUAUAUCCGGUAUUAGAACAAUAACGUUCGUUGUAGCCAAUCAGAUGCCAGUUUGAUAUGGAUUUGGCCAGAGCCCCUCGUCGCGCUCCGUUGACCGCGCGUAAGAAGGGCUCUGACCUCUGGGUACGAGAAUGCACACUUACAGUAACACCAACCCAUAGUAGAGUUCACUGCACCAACCUCGUUCCCAGGCUCUUUCCUUGACAUGAUCGUACCAGCCUAGUCCCUAGGCCUCUUAGUAUGCCUAUUACGCGUUUCUGCAUAUUAAUGAGGUGACGGCUCGGUGACGUCACGGACUGAAUCAAAUGCGUGCACAGAGGACUAGGGACUAAUCUGUGAUCGUACUUAUACGAGUAACGGAUACGCUUAUACCGCGUUAACGUAUAAAUCAAGCUUCAAGACAAAAAAUAUGUUGUGCUUACUCUAUGUCUAAAUGAUAGUGUUUGCGAGAAAAUAUUUUGGCAAUUUUGAAACCAAACAGUUUAACACAGAUCAUGUAUGUUCGAUUUUCAAUUAUUUGUUUACAAAAAAUAUUUAUAUACAAUGUCAAUGACUUACAAAAAUCACAUGAAAAUAACAAACAACUUCGUCCUCAGGAAAACAAUUGACGGCUAGAAACUAAGACAGGAUUUCGACAUUAGUCAUUAUAUUCAAGAUAAAAUGGUUUCAAAUUGUUAGUCUGUACGCAUGUGUUUGCAUUUGCUUAAGACAGUCAACUAGAUUGUACUUAAAUAUUAAGAUUAAUUUUGUUGAAGUACGAAUCAGUACCGCCAUGACCGCUGCAGCCACCUCAUUGACGGAAAGCACAUUGGGUGCGCUGUCGUUUCGUAAAAUUUUCCUGACACAAUAUUAAAACGGUACGUCUGGUACAAUUAGUGAUACAUUUCUAAUUUUAAAAUUUGGUUUACCUCAGAUUUAGAAAAAAAUAUCGUAGAAUGGCAAGUGCUCAGUAGGGUUCAUUGUUUGAAAAGGUUCCGACAGCAAGAAAAUAUAAUGAGCGCCUGCUGAAUGUCUUGGAAUAUUAGAACUUUGUAAUACUCUUGGCGAGAACAAGAAAAAACAAUAUUAAACCAAUUUUUGAAAUUAUUAAUUAUGACGAUCGAAAUUUUACUGUGACUGAUCAUUAAAACAUGAAAUUUCAAAAUGUGAUUCAACGGUGUCGGGAAUACUGUAAGGCUUAAUGUUCAGCCGAACCUGACACUCAUGACAUAUAGUUCUUAGUUUUAGUAUGAAUCGAUCUCUCUCUGGUUUUUUAGUUGGCAUAGCCUACUAUUGACAUUAUACUUUACAUAUGACACAUGCAAUUUGACUGACAGUGACAGCUGUUUAACUGCAUGAAUUAUCAAAAUUAAUCAUAUUACGCCAAUUCUCACAACAGCAUGGCCAUGGGCAUAUAGUUAAUUUAGAAGAACAUAAAUGCAACUCUGAUCCGGUUUAUACCAUAUGCAGGGUCUCGUCCGAAUCCUUAUUAUUUCAGUAAAAUUUACAAUUUUCUCAGACACAAAUUUUGGAAAUUUGGAAAACCUACACAGCGUCGUCUGCGGAGGAGGCUAAGAUCUUGAUAUCUUCUUCAAUGUCCUCUGUAUCCUGUCAUGUCCAUGCAGCUUCACAAUGUCCUUCCUUUCUUUUUGAUUAUUAUUCGUUCUAUAUCAUCUUAGCCUUCCUUCCCUCACCGUCUCUGCAAUGUCUACCAUUCCACAUCUUCUUCAGUCGGAUCUCUUCACUCCUCACUUGUCCUUUCAAGCGCGACCCUUAGCAUCCAUUUCAAUGUUUAACCGUUCUUCUUUAUUCCGCGAUAUCAGCUCCGUAAAGCGGAACCGACCUCAGUACUUUGUUGAUUUUGCAUAAAAACGUUCUUGGAAAUUUCCUGUCACAGAUAGGCUGCACGGUCAAACUAGUUGUAUAAUUAAGAUAUCAGACUCUCAAAUUAUUAUUUUUUCGGCUUAUAGAUACUAAAAUAUAUAUAUAUUUAUAUCCUCUUGGUUUUUCAUAGACUUCAGAGAAUUCAUGGUUUCACUAUCAGUGACAACACGCGGAUCAGCGGAUCAGAAGCUGGAAUGGGCUUUCAAAGUCUAUGAUGUUGAUGGCAAUGGUUUCAUUACAAGGAAAGAAAUGCAAUUGAUCGUACAUUCCGUAGAAAAAGUACUGAAUCAGAACAGUAAAGCUUAUGACGUGUCUGAUAAAAGAACAGAUAGGAUUUUUAGAAAUUUUGACAAGAAUCAAGAUGGUGUUUUGUCUUUGAAUGAAUUUUCUGAAGCUGCAAAACAGGAUCCGACACUUUCUCUCAUGUUGAAUGAAGCGAAAUCUGGAGCGGGAAAGAUGUAUUAAUGGGUACUUUUGCUUAUUGCUCUUCGAAAAAAUUCCCGAGAUUAUUCAAAAGCAUUAAACAAUUAUUUACUGUGUUUGUUAUAUUUGAGUCGGUGUUUAAGCGCUUGGAAGGAUAAUGACGUGUGGUCCUGAGUUGAUACAGAAACACAAGUGUCGCCCAGCAAUAUCUCGGUAGGCAGAGCGUUUAUUUUAUUUCAAAAUCGUGUUUGGAACAUUGACAAUUCUGUAUUUAGUAACUAAAGUGAGGAGACUGGAACCAAGCGUUUCAAAGUCACAAAAUCAAGAAUUAAAUUUCACCUCUAGCAAGAUCAUCUCAAAUUCGUAGGUUUACAAGCCUCAGUCACAUUUGAAGCCAUUGAACAGAUGUGAAUUAUGCAAAUUUAAACAUAUAAUAUAUGUAUGGGGUUUGGGGAGGGGGGCGUUUGGGUUGAGUACGCAUGUAUAUUAUCUUACUAUCAGUAAAUUGUAUUACCUUUUGUUAAAGGGUAUUGGCAACAAAAAUUGCUUCAUCUAUCUUAUUGCUUCAUCUGAAAGAGCAUGAAAAAAUAAGCCGAUUGGCCGUUUAAUGCUCUAUUCUAUCUCAUCUAGUUCCG